AUGACGGCACUUUUUGACAAGAUAAUGAGCAUCCGACUCCCCAAAGAAUUCAAAAUGCUGACAUUGGAGUACUACAACGGCACCACAAAUCCAGUGCAGCAUCUGGAAGGCUUCAACUCACUCAUGGCUUUUUGUGGAGCCUUGGGCCCUAUUAUGUGUCGAGCCUUCCCCACGUUCCUAUGGAAAGCAGCCAGGACGUGGUUCAAUCGAUUAGAGCCUAAGUCGAUCAAAGCCUUUCGAAAGCUGAGCUCAACAUUCUUGACAGCUUUCGCAAGUAGCUGGAGUUUCAAGAAGACACCUGUAAGUAUGACCACAGUGAAACAGAGGACCGACGAGUCCCUCAGAUCAUACCUCACCAUGUUCAACCAGGUGAAGUUGGAGGUAGAAGACCUAGACCCGGCAGUCGAGUUCACUGCCCUUCUAUCCGGGAUCAACGAUAAGGAUCUCAAUUGGGAGCUUUACAAGAAACAGCUUGACAAUCUCACUGAGCUGCGUGCAUGCCUGGAAGAGUACAUGAACACCUUGGAGACCCUUGAUGCAAAAUUCAAGACUUAG